AUGAAGGUGGUUGAGGUGGACCUGGAUGAUCGCACCUACCCCAUCUACAUUGCACGCGGGCUGUUGGAUCAGGGGGAGCUGCUGCGAAAGCACAUUCCUGGCAAGACCGCACUCAUCAUCACCAAUGAGACCAUUGCACCGCUCUACCUAGACAGGUGCCUGCACUCCAUCACAGCCAGCGGCGACAUCAAGGCCGAGGUCGUCAUCCUGCCGGAUGGCGAGCAGCACAAGACCCUGGAGGUGCUGCAGAAAGUUUGGGACAAGGCGCUCGAGUGCAGGCUGGACCGCAACACCACCUUCAUUGCGCUGGGUGGAGGCGUGGUCGGCGACAUGACAGGGUUUGCGGCUGCAGCCUACCAGCGCGGUGUGCAUUUCAUCCAGGUGCCAACCACGGUCAUGUCGCAGGUGGACUCGUCGGUCGGUGGCAAGACGGGCGUGAACCACCCGUUGGGCAAGAACAUGAUUGGCGCAUUCUACCAGCCUCGCUGCGUGCUGAUUGAUACCGACACGCUCAACACGCUGCCUGACAGGGAGCUGGCCUCUGGCAUCUCAGAAAUCAUCAAGUAUGGCUUGAUUCGGGACGCGGCUCUGUUCGAGUGGCUGGAGCUUAACAUGGAGCGGCUUCUUCAGCGCAACCCAGAGGCGUUCACAUAUGCCAUUGAGCGAUCGUGCAUCAACAAGGCUGAAGUGGUGGCAGCUGACGAGAAGGAGGGAGGCUUGCGUGCGACCCUCAACCUGGGACACACCUUUGGCCAUGCCAUCGAGACGUGUACAGGGUAUGGCGCAUGGCUGCACGGCGAGGCGGUGGCAGCCGGCACGAUGAUGGCAGCAGACAUGUCGCUUCGGCUGGGCUGGAUUGAUGCGGAGCUUGCGCGGCGUAUUCACGCCCUCAAUGAGAAGGCAAAGCUGCCCGUGACGCCGCCGCCGGGGAUGACUGCCCGACAGUUUCAAGACACAAUGGCGGUUGACAAGAAGGUGCAGGACGGCAAGCUCCGUCUCAUCCUGCUCAGGGGUCCUCUCGGCAACUGUGUCAUCACUGGCGAUUUCCCGAAGCAAGCGCUUGACGAGACGCUGCAGGCCUUCUGCCAAACGUGA